GAAGCGGUUUAUUCGUCUGCGGAUCGCCGACGAAAAUACACGGCUCUCUUGGAAGUACUAGCGGUCCAAGCCCGCGAGUUCUGUGAAUUAAAAAGAAAGUUUCUCACCGUUGAAUGAUAUCUUAGUCAGAAUGUCUACUAUACUAGAUGUUUGCGGACCCCUCUCCCCGCCUUCAACGCCGCCGUUGAUGGACAUAAAAGUCGAGUUACCUCUGAAGAAAGCUGCAGUAAAGCGCGCACGAGAAGCGUCGCCUCCGACUGGGCUGGUCACACCCCAGCCCUCGGACUCUGAAGGCGAAGAUGAAUACAGCAAGCGAUCUCGGUGUGAGCUAGCGAGGCUAUUACUCACCACGCCUCCGCCCGAUCCCUGUCCUCGGCCCUCCGUCAUCAUGCGAGCACACAAAGAUGGUACCUGCAGCCCUGAGCCUCUACCGAUGCCACCGUCAAAUAUGAACAUCCUGAAGACCCUAAAAUUCAAAAUGAACCGAGGCCACAGCUACUCACAAGUCAAAUAUAUAGCUAGCCAGGCUCAGACACCGCCGCCUGCCCCACCCAGUCCUAAAGCUAAAGUGGAAGAGGCACGAGUCCCAUCACCGCACCCAGAAUGCCAACCUAAACAAGACGAACACAGAGUGCCUCAAGUGGCGUCGACGCCUGGCUGGGUUCCACUAGCCCCCAGACCAGCCCCUGCCGUAAUAGUACCUGGUGCUCUACUUCCGACUACGGCACUGUGGUUGGUCGCACCCGCGCCGGCCGCGAGACGCCGUCUAUAUGAAUGCACUUACCCUGGCUGCGGAAAAAACUACUUCAAGUCAUCACAUCUAAAAGCGCACGCCCGCACACACACAGGCGAGCGUCCCUUUAGAUGCGCUUGGCCGGGCUGCGAGCGACGGUUCUCCCGCUCCGACGAGCUCUCUCGGCAUAAGCGGACACAUACUGGCGAGAAGAAGUUUGGCUGCAGAGUCUGUAACCGCCGAUUUAUGCGCUCCGAUCACCUCGCGAAGCACGUCAAGAGGCAUGCCAAAGAGCGAGCCCCUCCCGCGCCCGUACUCCGCCUCCUGCCCUCGCCUCCCCUGACUAUUCCGGUCCACAACCCCACCGUAGUGCAGUGAGCGCUACCGACUGUGAUUCAGAUCUCAUGAUCGUUACCUAGUUUUAGUACUCAAUUAAGACUGUCCUAUCUGACUACUUAAGUAGUUACUAGUUGUAAGUCUAUAUUAUUAUUAGAUGAUGGUAAGCUUCAAAGAAUAUAAAAGAUUGAUAUAUA